UCGUGAUACGAUUUGCAGUCCUUUAAUAUUGGACAUCGGAUGGAAGCUUAGCUGAUGCUUGACGCCGCCGGGCCUUCCGCCUUCUUAGGACGACGUUUUAGUCUUGAAAGUUGGAGGAAGGACAUUUUACUGCAAUUUGGCCUUAUAACUGUCAUCUGCUUGCAAGGGGGCAGGUGGAGUCGGCAGUCUGGCAGAGGGGCAUCUCUGCCCCUCCAGCUGUGCAUGAUAAUAAUAAUAGGUGAAUGAUCACUCGUGGAAUAAAGAAAGUCCCUCGGCCAACAGCGCCCUUCAGCCGACACGGAAAGCAGUGGUGGCGGCUGCGGUGCGAUUCGGCUGAACCAGGAGUCCGGCCAUGGCAGAGACGGAGAGUGGCAGCAACAGCUCGGUGCAUGAGACGCGCUUUGAAGCGGCGGUGAAAGUGAUCCACAGUCUGCCCAAAAAUGGUUCUUUCCAGCCAACAAAUGAAAUGAUGCUGAAAUUCUAUAGUUUUUAUAAGCAAGCAACUCAAGGACCUUGUAAUAGUCCAAGGCCAGGAUUUUGGGAUCCUAUUGGUAGAUACAAAUGGGAUGCAUGGAAUUCAUUGGGCACAAUGCCCAAAGAAGAUGCUAUGAUUGCAUAUGUUGAAGAAAUGAAAAAGAUUCUUGAAACAAUGCCGAUGACAGACAAAGUUGAGGAGCUGUUACAUGUUUUAGGCCCAUUUUAUGAAAUUGUAGAGGAUAAAAGAAAUAAAGGAUCUGAUCUAAUCACAGAUCCUCACAAAGCUGUGCCAGCUGUGAAUGGAAAAUCAGAAAACAAUGACAGUGGAGCAGAAUCGGAGGAAGAACCACAACAGGAAGAAUUGAAAGAUGUCCAACAGAUUGAUAAAGGAUCUUCAGAAGAAGAUGUGAAACAAGAUUCAUCCCCUGAUAAGGAUUUAAAUGGCGUGGUUAUUAAUGGAAGUUGUAACGCUGUUUCCAACGUUGAUGUGAACAAUGGCAUACAGACCAAAUCUAAAUUGAAUGGCAUCAAUGUGGAUGAUGAAAUAAAGACAAGUGAAAAGUGCCUUGAGUUACCAGUCAUCCCUAACUGGGAUUCUACUCAUCAAGGUCAAAAUGAAGAUACUAUUGAAGUGUCUGGAAUUCAACUCUUGACAAGUGACUCAGAUAGUGAAAUAUACUGUGAUUCAAUGGAGCAGUUUGGACAAGAAGAGAUCCUGGAAAUCAGCUCAUCAGUCAAGGAAAUUUCCAGACAUCCAUUAACUUUCUCAGAAGUAGAUCAUAAUAAUCUGUUAGAAACUUCCAGUUUUCUUGAACUUGCAAAUCACAAAGCAGAAAGUAUAAAGGAAGGUGCACCUGAAGGAAAAGGCGAAGUCAAGCGUGGUGGUGAAGAUGGCAAAGCAAAUGAUAGAGGCCCUCAAAAAGAGAAGACAAAUAGUGAAAAGGUUGACCUCUAUGGAGUUCGAAGGGGAAGAGGACAUAGAAUGUACCCUGUAGGAGAUGGUGGCCAAGGUGGACAGGUGGGCAGUGGAGGAGACGGAGAACGAUGGGGUUCGGACAGAGGACCACGGAGCACCCUCAAUGAACAGAUUGCAAUUGCACUCAUACGAUUGCAAGAAGAUAUGCAAAAUGUUCUUCAGAGAUUACAUGCCCUUGAGGCACUCACAAUCUCACAGGCAACACUACAUUCAAAUAAUCAGCCUGAGGCACCUGUUAAGAAACCAUCUUGGUGGCCCUUUGAGAUUUCUCCUGGUACUUUAGCCUUUGCUAUUUUAUGGCCCUUUGUUACCCAAUGGCUGGUGUAUUUAUAUCUUCAAAGAAGAAGAAGGAUCAACAGGAUGACCACGGGCUAGAUUUUCCAGGCAGGCCUAGUGUUCCUGGAGGAAAGUUGCAUACAGAAUCCAUCACCAACACAAUUCUGUAAAAGAUUCUACUAAUUCUUAACACAGCAAUCUGCUUUCUUCAAAUUUUUAUUUUCUUUUCCUUUUCUUUUAUUUAUUCAGUAAUGUUAUGCCAGAUCAAUCAGUAAGAAAAAAUUGUCAAGGGUAUUCUCUUCAUAAAUCCUGAUUAGGAGGAAGAGCAUUUGUCUGAGUUGUGUUAAAAAAAACAACUUUGGGACAACAGUCCAACUUUGGGAGUAAAGUUCUGACAUUUUUUAUAUGUGUCUGUUUUAAAAAGGCAGAAUUUCAAUCAAUGUGUAAUCCUGAAUGAAACUACAACUACAGAGAGGGAAGUGUGCAGUGGGGUACCCCAAGGGCCCCAAUAUCUUCAUAAAUGAUUUAAAUAAGGGGAUAGAAGGGGAACUCAUCAGAUUUGCAGAUGACAUCAAACUGAAGGGAUAAACAGGACUUUAGAAGAUAAGCUCAAGAUCCAGAAAGAUCUUGACAGACUAGAACACUGGGCCAGUCCAACAAAAUUGAAUUUGGCAAGUAAAAUAAGAUUUUAAACUUGGGCAAGAAAAAAAAAAGCACAGGUAUAGAUCAAUGGUUGCCAAUCAGUGGGCCUGGGGCCACUGGUGGUCCACGAGAAAAUGUUGGUGGUCCACAGAGAAAUGUCACCCCC